CCCGGCGGCGGCCCGGGGGCGCAUCCUCCCGCAACUGUCAGGCGCUGGCGGCGGAAAUGAUGAGGCGCUGGCCAUCUUCCGAGCCCGGGUUUCCUGCCUGAGCGCCGCGAGCCGCGAGCCGCGAGCCGCGAGCCGCGAGCCAGGAGCCGGCGCGGGAGAGGACGCGCCCGGGAGGGGACUUGGGGCCGGGGCGCGACGCCAUGGGCCGGCCGGGCCCGGACCCCGUCUCUCUCAGCCCGGCCGCGCCCACCCGCCCCCCACGAUGAGCGGGCCUGCGGUGCAGCCGGCGCCGCCGCGGGGCUGGAGCGACUUCUGUGAGCUGCACGCGGCGGCCGCGGCCCGGGAGCUGGCCCGCCAGUAUUGGCUGUUCGCGCGCGAGCACCCACAGCAGGCGCCGCUGCGCGCCGAGCUGGUGUCGCUGCAGUUCACAGACCUGUUCCAGCGCUACUUCUGCCGCGAGCUGCGCGAGGGCCGCGCCGGGCCGCCCACCCGUGACUACAGGGACACUGGCCGCCGCCCCGCCACGCCCGGCCCCGCCACACCCGCGCUGCCCAAGGCCCGCAGCUCGGAGGAGCUGGGCCCACCGCUGCCCGCGCCCUGCGCGCUGCAGCACCUGCGACACAGCCUGCGCCACAUCUUCCGCCGCCGCUCGGCCGGGGAGCUGCCCUCAGCGUCUGAGCCCGCACCCGACACCUCGCGCCCCGGCCUGGCCCGCAAGCUCCUGCCCUGGGGCUUGGCACGGGAGCCACCGGCCGAGGCGCUCAAGGAGGCGGCGCUGCGCUACAGCCUGGCCGACGAGGCCUCCAUGGACAGUGGGGCGCGCUGGCAGCGCGGGCGCCUGGCGCUGCGGAAGGGCGGCCCGGAUGGCGAGGGCCGCCUGCUGGAGCUCUACGACCCGCCCAGGAGCUCAAAGCCCAAGAUCCAGGCUGCCUGUUCCAGCAUUCAGGAGGUCCGGCGCUGCACACGCCUCGAGAUGCCUGACAACCUCUACACCUUUGUGCUGAAGGUGAAGGACCGGACAGACAUCAUCUUUGAGGUAGGAGACGAGCAGCAGCUGAACUCGUGGAUGGCUGAGCUCCGCGAGGACACAGGCCAAGGCAGGCUGGAGAACACAGAGCCCGGGCUGCACAGCCCCCCAGAGACUGGCCUGUCUAGCUCCCCCAGGGGAAGCACAGAGUCCCUGAACCAAGGUGCUUCUCCUGGGGGUCUGCUAGAUCCAGCCUGUCAGAAAACGGAUCACUUCCUGUCUUGCUACCCCUGGUUCCAUGGCCCUAUCUCCCGCGUGAAGGCAGCGCAGCUGGUUCAGCUCCAGGGCCCUAACGCUCACGGCGUGUUCCUGGUACGGCAGAGUGAGACCCGGCGAGGGGAGUACGUGCUCACGUUCAACUUUCAAGGCGUAGCCAAGCACCUGCGCCUGUCGCUGACGGAGCGGGGCCAGUGUCGGGUUCAGCACUUGCACUUCCCCUCGGUCGUGGACAUGCUCCAUCACUUCCAGCGGUCGCCCAUCCCGCUCGAGUGUGGCGCUGCCUGUGAUGUCCGACUGUCCAGCUAUGUGGUCGUCCUCUCCCAGCCAUCAGGUCCCUCCGACACUGUCCUGUUUCCUUUCUCCCUCCCUCGCUGGGAUUCAGAGCUGGGCCUUCCGCACCUCAGCACUUCCAGCUGUCCACGGGGGCUGGGGGCGCAGGGCCCGCCAGGCCGGUCCUCCCCCCCAGAGCAGAUCUUCCACCUGGUGCCUUCGCCGGAGGAGCUGGCCAACAGCCUGCGGCACCUGGAGUCCGAGCCUGCGAGUCGAGCCCGGGACUCAGACUACGAAAUGGACUCCUCCUCGAGGAGCCACUUGCGGGCCAUCGACAAUCAGUACACACCUCUCUGACGGGAGCACAAGCAGAGAUGGGGACUCAUGAAUGUAAUUUUCUUUCCUUUCUUCCAGAGAGAGAUUUAAGGGACACUAGUAACUGCUUUUCCAGUUCUGCGGUGCCCCUUCUAUUAGGCCUGUUAAAGGGCCUCCUUCACCUGGCCUUCUCAUUGUUUACAGAUGGAGCUGCCUGCAGAGGCCGCCUGCCCCAUCACUGAGGCGCGGCGGCAGGGUGAGGGCCAGAGCUGGUGGUGGUGGUGGGAACUUGUUUUCUUUUUCGUUGACUUUCUGCUGGGGGUGGGGGUAUGUAUGUGUCCAUCAGGAAGCCCCAAAACACUAACAAACAAGCCCUGAAUUGUCAUUUUCCCUGUGGUUGCUUCAGACACGGCAGGUUUCCUUACCGUGACCACACUUAUCUUGCUCCUAGACUCAGCUUUAGGUCAAAGUGUAAAGUAAAACAUUUCAUAAACAUUUUACCUCAGAUUAACUUCUUAAAGGGUUCAGGUUUCAAAACUAAAGCAUUGCUCAUUUCAUUGUACUGUUUGAACUAAACCCAUGUGAUUUCUGUCAGACAGCUAUGCAAACCCCACUCAACCAGCUUCCGGCCAGAGCCAGCACACCUGGCUCGUCUCCCACAGCCUCACACUGCAGAGAAGUGGAGCAUGUCACCUUUUCAGGAAAAUAAAUGACUGAGAUAGGAGGCUGACAAGGAACAGUUCUAUCCUGGUGCCUUAUGAAUAAAAAACUGGGCUUUCGAUUUAUAGCAGCUUUAAAGUGACAGACCAGCAGACAGGGAAGAGAGGCUUCUGGUCCUUCUGUAAUGAAUCUUGAAGUAACAGAACUGGCUCUAAGCCCCCAAAUAGCUGAUGGUUAUUAAAUGACCCCACAGACUCAUUUGAGUUAAAAAUGGAAUCUAGGAGUCUGGUACUACAGGUAAUGAGAAAACCUUUUCAUAGCCUACAGUCAGUGUUCUGUUCUAGCUGGUUACUGCUUCAUUUGCUGAAUGUGUAUGCAUGUCCACACAUCAUGUCCACCAUCCAGGGAGGUACUACAGUCAAAUCUCCAUCUACACUUGCUUUCAUGGGUGAGAGAAUUCCUAGGGGUGGCGCCUUUCAGAACCUAUGUGCGAAGCCUCAGGGAGAAGGUGGGCAGUGGCUAGUGCAGUAUAGCCAUCCCACUCACCGCAGUGGCUCUAGGAGCUGGGAGUUUAGCUUACUAUUUAUAGACAGAUCCUCCAGCAGCUUAAAAUGAACUACAGCACCUUGUCUAGGGUGACAGCUUGGUCUGUGUACUCCACAAAUUCAGACUUUCGCUUCUAGAAUUUUCUGGGGGCUGAAGGGCAGAUAGCUACCCUUUCACAAACCAAUCCUCUGGGUGUUUCACAGUCUAAAGAUGCAGGUCUGUGGUCCACUUUUAAGUUCGCCAUCUAAAUUCUGUAAAGACAGGUGUUUUUGUUUAAGGGCAUCUUCUAUUUUCUUGCAAAGUAUGAACCAAAGGAGUAAGCAUAAUGAAGACUUUAAGAGCAAAAAUCCCCUCUCCUCAUAGGAAGCCAGUGUGGGUAAUUAAGCCACUGGCAUAGACUCCCCUACUGGAUGCACAAGCCAGUACAGACAGCAGACCAAGUAAGUUCCCUUCCUCCAGCCAGAAGCAUACACGUCUGGGACAUGACAUGUUUAAACCAGCUGCUAAGUUUUCUGAGCGGCCUCUCAACAUUUCUCAGGUAGUGCCAAAAAAGCAAGCCAGGUGCAGCAAACUAGAUAUCUGAUAGGGAAUUGGAAGUCACUUGACUCCAGACUGCUUCAGUGUAAAAUAGGAAAAAUAUUUUGUGUCUAAAUUACCAAGACAGCUAGAAUGCAUUCCAACAGAAAGCCCCUCAUAGCUGGGAAGAAGUGACACUAAGUCAAUGCCUUUUCUUUCUGCUAGAGCCAUUCAAGGUGGAGUGGCUGGUCGGUCCCGGGGCCUGGUGCAGGGCUGCUGCAGGCCCACUGUGGUCACAGCACUAUCUCCCACCCUCCGAGUGCCAGCCGGCGAGUACCAGCCCCCACCCCGUUCUGAUGUAGACAAGCAUAGCUUGACUGCUCCCACCACCACCUGACUUUAAUGAACUUUUUACAACUAACAGUCACCAGCACCAAAGAAUUAAGUCAACUAACUAACCUGCCUUGACUUUUAGACCAGCAAUCCAUAAGGCUUUAUCUGGUAUAGAUCUUCUGCCUUUGAUCAUUUCUGGACCAUGUAGGAAAAAGGAACAGCAAUUAUUAAAAUCCUAGGCCAGAGAACACUAUUUUUACACAAGUUUCUUAAUCUCUAAGUAAGGCCUUGAACUCUUUCCCUAAGGUUUUUCUGAGACUGCUCCAUGCUUCUACUUAGUUAAUAAGUCUCUUAACGCAAAUGUCAUACCAGCGCUAACAUCUCCCACAGUCUAGAGGAAUUUGGUAGAACUAUCUGCUGCCUCUUAACAGGGACACAUCUGGUAGCUAGUGUUUGGUUGGAUCUGCAGCACAUUACGACAACAUGGAAAAUGGAGUCACCUUGUAUCAUUAGAGGCAGAAGGUAUUUGGCAAAUUUUUAUAUAUUGUUUAUGUACUGUAUAAGUAACUUAUUCUUGAAUGAUGCAAAAUUUGCUAUAAUGUACAAAUUGCUACAUGUGAACUAAAAAGUUUCCAGAAUCCUGAUUUGUUGUAUUUAAAGCUUCAACUUGUACUUGCUCUCCUUUCAUAAAUCAGGGAUGUCAACAAACA